GAAACUAUAGAUUGUCAAGAAUGUGGGGAAGUAGAAUCCAUGUAAUUUCUGUAAAGCCAAUAAAUAUUUUAUUCUAGCUACUUUGAAUAAAAAUUUUUCUUUGGACAGAUGAGAACUUUUUCCCUUCAGCGUGAGUGCCAGCCAUGUGCUAGGUUCUGAAAAUAGAAAGAUGAAUAAAAUAUAAUUACUCUAAGCUGAAAUUGCUCAGCACAUAUAAGUGGAGAAUCUUGAUGCUAAAGUGUAUUUUUCUAGCAUCACCUAGAAGCAGACCCUUGAAUUCUGAAGCUCUCUACCUCUCACAAUAAGUUUAGACUUGGCUGCUUUCCCAGGAUAAACCCCUUUUUCUAUUCCUCAUUUAACCCAAAUUGUUUUGAGACCAGCACUCACAUCCAAAAGAUCAAUUCUGAUCUAAAGGAAGACAGUAUUUUAAGGAAUUCUGUUCUCAUUGGAACCAGAUUCUUAACUGCUAUAUUCUCUCACAUUUAUUUGUAGACUACAAACCAUGUGAUCUAUUUAUCUGAUGCAGUUGAUGAAAACCUAUAUUAUAACAUGGCAUUGCCGCUUCUAAGAAAUCAGCUUAUAGCUAAUACAAUAUAGCCUGUUACAAAACCUCACUGUUAAUAUUCUCUCUAUUUUUCAAGGGGGGAAGAAGGCUGAAAUAGGUUUUCAAAUUUGAUUUAGCUAUGAACCAACAGAAUCAUUUACCAAAAUAAACUUUGUAAAUUUAUUAACUAAUCCCAGGAAAUUGAGAUGAUCCUUCUUCCUAGUUUGGAGAGUUGCAAAUGAAGACACAAAAGUGAAUCCCAUUGUAAUGCUGUAUCUACAAUGCUCAUUUGAAUGAGUUUCUUCUUACCGACAUGUGUGUUUUACCUUCAGUCUGUGUUAGUUCUUAUAAGAAUAUUUUCCAUAUGAACUUGUUUUGUUUCCUUUCAUCCUGAUUCUCAUGUUAGGUUACAUCCCUGGACAUAAACAGUAGUCCAUUUCUCAGAUCAAAUCGGUGCCCAACGGCACCUUGGAAAACAUGUGGACAUAAAACCAUAUUAUUUAGGAAAUAUCACUACAGAUUAAAUAUGUUAAUGGGCUAUCAAAAGGUAUGAUAAACUGAAAUUUUGCCAUUUGACCAGAUACAGCAAAUGAGAUAAUAAUGGAUCUAACUGUGCCUUGUGAACUAUGGCAUUCAGUAAAACUUUGUUGAAUUUAUCACUGAAUUUUUAUAAUGCUUUUUCACCUUCUUUUGGAGACUGUUGAUUAAAUAUCUUGUUUUUCUGCCACCUUCUUUAAGUAGCACCUGACAGAACAAUGGAAAGAUGAAAUCUAAAUAAUCAAUUUGAAAUUUAACUUUGACAAAGGAGAUAAGGGAUAGGACAGUGACGUACUCCUAAUAAUACAGAAAAUUUUCAAUUACUAAGCUUUUAUCAGCAGUCCAGUUAUUCUAAGCCCUUCACAUCUAUUCAUUUAAGCUUCACAACAAUUCUAAGAUAACUGCUGUUGGGCCCAUUUUACAGAUGAGGUAUGCAUAGAGUGGUUAACUUGCCCAGGUCAUACAGCUAUUGAUUUCUAGAACUGGGAUGUAAACCUAGGCAGUGUGCCUUUAGGACUUGCAUACAUAACCAGAACACUACUUUAUCUAUCUAUUCUUCAUGAUUAAAUAUUCUGCAUUGGGCUGCCCUUUUGUAUAACCAAGGUCAAAUUCUUACAACUAUACAAGGAAGUACCAAUAUUUCCAUUUUUAUAGAUGAGUUAACUUGAUGGUUAAAGAAAUUAGUGACUUGCUCAAGACAUAGCUAGUCAGUGCCAGAAGUGGGAAUUUACUUCAAGCCAAGGAAAAAUCCAUUUAUCCUAUAGCAGUGAUGGCAAACCUUUUAGAGCUUUCAGUAAUACAAACAGCCCACUGUGGCAUGCAUGCCAUGGGUUCACCACCACUGUCUUAUAACCCAUAAAAAAUAAUAGGACAAUACAUGACUAUAUUCUAAAACAAUAUUCAUAAUCACUAUCAAAAGAAAUAUGCACAGAAGAAACAGUUGAUUGUCUAGCUGAAUAAUGGGAAGUACUACUGGUUUCAAAUUGGGCUGAACUAGAAACAGGCACUCAGCUGCUCUGAUUUUAGCCAUACAAAUUAGAUUGAAUGGAGAGAACUGCCAAAGUAAAACAUUUUGGAUUUUGAUCUUGAGAGGUUAGAAAACCAUUCAGUCUGUGCUUCACAUUUCUGAAAAUAUCCACACUGUGAUAAAAUUUGAUGACCAAGUGAAAGUGGAGUUUAUCCAAGGAAGUUCACAGACCAGCAGAUCAACAUCAUCCUGAAGUGUGUUACAAAAGCAGGUUUUUCAAUCCCAAUCUGACCUACUGAAUCAAACUCCAAUCACAGGGCCCAGUGGUCUGUUUUAAUAGUUCUGCGGGAGAUUCUGAGGCACAGAGGACUGAAGACUCCAAUUUAAGGUUUGCAAGCCUAAAGACAACAAAAGUUUGAGCUGGAGUGGAUCCAUGGAAGCCAUACAGGGAGUGAAUUGUAAGGAGAUAGUCAAUAUUACCAAAUUCUGUAGGAAUUUCAGUUUCUUUUGGGUUCUGACCUCCCACCGUUCUGCUACAGUCCUCACAUUUGCAAGUUCUCUCUUCCAAGUUAAGUGAAGAAACAGGAGGUGAGGGAAGGGAUUAGCAAAUUGUCUUAUGUUAAUAAAUCUUGGCCUGAUACUUCAAAGUCUCCCUUGGAUCAAUUCAGGUGGCCUUUCUCCCUCCCAGUUUUCAAAUUCAAACUCUGAUAUAUUCUUCCCAUUCUCCUAUUUUCAUGUUCCUUAUAUGCUAGUCAGAGUGAUAAUGACUCAGUGUACUAAAUAAUCCAGUGUGGCAAUAUUGUGUCAUAUCAGAGGCAGCCAGAGCUCUGAGGAGGCAAUAAUUUAUAUUUGACUGUACAAUUAGAGGGGCUACACAGAGUAAUUUCCCAGGAGCUGCGUAAUGAAGAUGAAGUUCAUGGAAUACUCAAGGAAGAGUAUCUUUUCCAGGAUGGAGUAGGAGUGAAGAGUGGCAAAAAGGCCACACUUGUAUAAAUACAAGUUGAUUAUGCCACUGGAGCUCCGCUGAAGUCUUAAUCUUAAAUUUUGCUAAGAAAAGAGUGAAUACUGUAAGCAGAAUCAGGGAAUCUCAUCAUUAUGUCUUCCAACAGUGUGGAUUGACCAGAAUCGGUGGUUUUUGCUGUUGCUUUGUUUUAAAAUUUGACCCUAUGGUCUUAUAGGCAGGGGUACCACUGGAGAAGCCUAAAAAGUAGAUCUGGAGUUUCUCCUCUAGAGACCACUAAAGGGGCCACUUUAACAGGUGCAGAGGUGAUAACCAGGAACAUUUCAAUGGCAUGGGAGAUGUAGGAACAGAUGGGAAGAUUUCAGGGAUAGAGUAGGAGGCAUUAUUCUGUAUCACCUGCGCCCUAGGUGUAGCUUUCUGAUUCAUUCUGACGAAAGGCACCCGUGGGGACUUAGUUCCCUAAGCUAUCACAGUACUUUCGGACAUGCUUUGUUGUGCCCUUUAGAUCGCCAUUUUGUUUAAGGCAAAGAUAUCUUCAUCUCUGUCUCUAGAGUCUUCCAGAAAGAUGGUUGCAAAAAAGUAUGAUUGUUGAACCUGUGUAAAAUAGACUUAUAAAUGACAAGAUCACAGCCUAUCACACAGUAAACACGUUAGCAUUAAAGGUUCAGUGACGAGACACUGCACUGGUUACAUUGAAUCUAAACCUUCUAGCGAUUUACUCUUAAAACUUUUUAUUAAGCUGGUAAAUUUUCCCAACCCACAAGCAUGCACAGAGGCUGAGAGUUAGCUUCAGAAUACGCCCUGUCCCCGCCCCCGCCCCGCCGAGUUUACUGCAUAACCAUGUGGCAGGGAAUGUUCUAAGAAAACGUAGUCAAGACUCAGAACACGCCAGAUACUGGCUUCCGUAACAAUUCGAUAGUGACAGCAAACCGGAUUCUAACCUCUAAAUUCUAGCUGCACGCUGGCAUCCCGGAACUAAAGAUAUGUUGCCUCAACUUCUGGGCGGGCACGGGAGUGUGUAACCAUGAAUUGAUUGUUUCUGCCUGGCGGAGCUUUAUCAGCGGAGGACUCGACCCCAAACAACCCGGAAAAGCAGGUGAGUGAGGAAAAGCUGCUGAAUUUUAGGAGGACGCCCUGGGUCGGCUUGGAAGGGACCCUAAACGGGCCAAAGUUGCAGUUAUGUUCACACCCGCGGUGAUGCGAGCUUUGAGCAAGAACAAGACCCUUCGCUACGGAGUCCCCAUGUUGCUACUGAUUGUUGGAGGUUCUUUUGGUCUGCGUGAGUUCUCACAAAUCCGUUAUGAUGCUGUGAAGAUUAAAAUUGAUCCUGAAUUGGAAAAAAAGCUGAAAAUGAAUAAAAUAUCUUUAGAGUCAGAAUAUGAGAAAAUAAAGGACUCUACUUUUGAAGACUGGAAGAAUAUUCGUGGCCCAAGGCCUUGGGAAGAUCCUGAUCUCCUUCAAGGACGAAAUCCAGAAAUCCUUAAGACUAAGACUACGUGACUGUGCUCAUUCUUUUUAAGAAAUGUUAUCAAUGGGUCACACUGGAUCACUGAUUUAAAAUUCUAGGUCUGUGGAAACUUGGCUAUGAGUAAUUUGAUAGAAGAUAAACUUGAUUUUUAAAAAGUCAAGUACAGGUCUUUGUAUUUCUCAGCUAGUCCACUUACAAAUCAAAGUAACGGUAUUGACAACAUAAAAACACAUUUCAACAAAAAUGUGAGUACUGCUAUCAAAGUAUGUCACAUAUCCCACUCUCCAGCUGGGCACUCAUUUCUACCAGCCACUACUGCAACAUUUUAUACUUCAUUCAGAUUUAUAAUGAAAAUAGUAGGCUUAGGUUCAAAUUCUCACAGUAAAACUGAGCAGUGAUUUCAUGCUAAACUUACAUAGGAAAGUAAUCUUGAUCACCAUCUGGUAACACUCUUAGUAUUAUUUGCAAUAUAUCAUAGUAGGCUAAUCAGUCUCUAAAGCACCAUCUGAUGAGUGUGUUGAUGACAUGUUUAAACAUAUUAUCAAUGUUAAGGAAAUAACAUUCCCAGCUAAACAAAAAAUUUUAAAGAAAUUAACAUUAAGACAAAAAUAAUGUAGUAGUACAUGAUUGUAAGCAGAACACAGCAAAUUGUUAAGGUAAUUCAGAGAUAACUGCUAUUUGGAAAAAGCUUAUUUAAGGUAUGCUUUAUGCCUUAGCAUAAUUUGUAUACAAAAUUAUCCUAGCUUUUUAUUUGGUUGGUUGGUUUUGGUUUUUAAUUUUAGGUUUGUUAUAACCCAAUCCCUAGUAAGAGGAUAAGAAUGUUCCUGUUUUUCUUAUGCAUUUUCUCCUUUUCACUGUUCUGGACAGCCUUGACCCUCUACCUUCUGGUAUUUUUAUGCUUAAUUCUAAAUGCCUAAAGUCUCAACUAGUCCCACUACAAUUGCCAAAAAGUCAUAAAUCUGGACCACUUUUACCCCUGUGAAAAAUUUUUAUUCUUAUCAGCAAGUUACUGUUGUAAAGAGUAGAGUAAACUGGUUAUCUUGUAGUGAUAAUUUGCAAUAGAGGUGAUUUAUAAGACUUAAUUAUCUGGAAGAGUAAUAGGGUUUGUUGGAGAGAGAGAGAGAGAGAGAGAGAGAGAGAGAGAGAGAGAGACAGAGAGAUUGAUUCACCCAAAUCUCACUGCUACAAUAAAGUAAUUCAAAAGUGGAUCACUUAUUUAAAUGUAAAAAUCUUUUAGGAAAAAAUCUUCUAAACCUGGUAAAUAGUUCAUACUAAAUAUUUCUUGCAAAAAUGUUCAUAAAAGAAAACAUUAUCAAACUGACCUUAUCAAAAUCACAAACUGUUACUCCUUAAAGACUGUUAAAUUGAUGACAGAUGUACAGACUGAAGGAAGGUAUUGGUAAAUAACACAUCUGGCAAAAGAUUUAUGUCUAGAAUACAUACAGAAUUCCAAUAACAGUCUUCAAAACUCCAUAAUAAAAUGGGCAAGAAACAGAGAUACUUCAAUAAAAGGGUAUAUGGAUGGCAAAUAAGCACACGAAAAGCAUUUGCUAUGACUAGCCAUUAGGGAAAUGUUCAUUUAGACUACAUUGAAAUAUUGCUAAGUACCUCUUAGAACAGCUAAAAUAAGCAGGGUAUGGUGGUGCACACCCGUAAUCCCAGGUUCUCAGGAGAAUGAAACAGGAGAACUGCAAGUUUGUGGCCAGCAUGGAGAACCUAUCUCAAAAAAAUCUGGGGAUGUAGUUCAGUGGUGGAACACUGGCCUGACACGUGAGACACCCUGGGUUCAGUUUUCAUUACCACGCGCGUGCACACACGUGUAUACACACACUAAAAUUGAAAAAUAGUGGGAGUACCAAAUGCUGACCAAGAUGUGGAGAAACCAAAUCUCUCAUGCAUUGGUGGCAUCAUGUUAAAUAAGAAAGCCACCUUGGAAAAUCAUCAGUUUCUUCAAAAGCAGCAGCACAAAAAACUUCUGGUUUCCUUUUUGACAUGUGAGAAUCUUCAAGUUUUAACUCCUAAUAAAUUGAAAAAACUCAAAACAAACUCUUCUUUAGUCCAUGUGAGAAUUGAGGUCACAGGAAGAACCACCAGCAUGAAAACUGGAGACCUAAGCACAGAAUCACAGUUACCUGUUUUACCUAGUGGGGGAUGAGGGACUGGGAGAAUGACCAAGAAGUAAUUGUGAAGGUAAAAGUCCAAGGGGCUACUUUCACUAAAGGCCUAAUCAUAGGCCUAUUGAAUGCUCCUUACUCCUGUUACCACAUCAGUAGAGGCCUCUUCAUGGGGGUUCUUUUUGUCCAGUAUAUCAUGUCCAAGAUUCAACAAAAAAGGAAGAAGAAAGAUAGUUUGAAGAGACAAGAUAAGCAUCAGAACUAGACUCAGCUACUAAGUGUUGGAAUUAUCAGCUUGGGAAUAUAAAAUAAUUGAUUAAUGUGAUAGGAACUCUAAUGGGGAAUGUAUGUAACAAGAACAGAUGGAUAAUAAAGGCAGAAAAAUAGAAGAAAGAAAGUAAAAUUCUAAACAUACACAAAUGAAUUUUUUUAUUGGAUCAUCAACAAAGUGGAUAUGACUGAGGAAAAAAGAGAAAGGGGGAAGAGGGAGAAAAGUAGAUAUGCCAUGCUAGCACUAAUGAAAGCUGAGGUCACUAUUAAUAUCAGACAAAACAGAGGGCUAUUAUAUAAUGAUAAGGGGUCCUUUCUACAAAGGCAUAAUUUUUAAUGUACACGUGCCUAACAAUGAAGUAGCAAACCACUAACAGAUAAAAAAUCUCCAAAUACUUGAAGAUUAAACAGUACUUUUGUGAAUCACUCCUGGCUCAAAGAACUAAAGAAAAAUUAAAACUAUUUUCUAAGCCAGGCGUGCUGGUACAUGUCCUGCUCAGGCAGGACAAUUCCAAGUUCAAGCCCAGCCUAGGCAGCUCAGUGACUUAGCAAGAUCUUCUCUCAAAAUAAAUAAAUAAAUAAAUAGGACUGGGGAUGCAGUUCAAUGUAAGGCCCUAGGUUCAAUUCCCAGUACCACCACACACAAAAAGUACAAAAUGAAAUAAUAAUAACUUAGUGAAUAUAAAGUUAGUACACUGAGUCCUCUACAAACAAGUUACGAUCUGGGAGAAUGUAAGUCAGAUUCAUUUGUAAGUCUGACAAAGUGAAUUGUAUACACCUUUGACAGAUAUACAAUGUAAAGCAUAGAAAACCCAAAUGGGAGGUCCAUUCAUACCUGUGAAAGUUCACAAUUUGAACAUUUGUAAGAUGGGGACUUACUCUAUAGAAAGAAUUGAAGGUAUACUGAGUGAUUCAUCAAAUAGAGAAUUUUUUUUAAUUACAAAAAGAAACAAAUAGAAAUUCUAAAGCUGAUUAGUUCAAGAACCAAAAUGAAGACUCCACUAGAGAGACACAACAGUAGUUUUCAGCUGACAGAACAAAAGACUGGGUAACUUGAAAAUUAAUUGAGAAUAUGUAAUCUGAGAAACAAAAAAGAAUGGGUGGGUGGGGGGAACCACAGAGGAAUGCCAGACAUCGUUAAAUGCACCAAAUCUACUUGUCAAGAGUAACAGAAGAAAGAGAAAAUGAACAUGAAAGUAUUCAAAGAAAUAAUUGCUAAACUGCAAAAUUCUACCCAGCUACCUCCACUGUAAUUAUUACUUUAUUCAACACAGUGAUCUCGUUGGGUUUUGCAUUUUACCUUAGUGUGUUCUCUAGGAUGUCACAAGUGUUUAGCUUAUUACUGGAUGACAUUUGUAAACUAAUUCAAUAAAAUUGGAUCUAUUAUGA